AUGACUGGAAUGCGCCUCAUUUUAAAAAUUCGCGGAGGACUUGAAGUCUUUCGGUCUCAAAUGAAACCUAAGUGUCAGGGCGUUGUUCGUAUUUUACUUGUUGGAGAACCCUUUGUUGGCAAGACAACACUCAUAUUAUCGCUUGUGAGUGAAGAAUUUUCCCCAAAGGUUCCUGCUCGCUCAGAAGAGAUCACAAUUCCUGCUUCUGUUACUCCUGAGCGUGUCCCAACGGAGAUUGUUGACUUUUCGUCCCGCGUACAGACCCGUGAUCAGUUGAUUAAUGAGAUUAGACAGGCUUCCGUUAUCUGCCUUGUCUACGCUCUUGAUGAUGAAAACUUUAUGCAACAUCUAACUGUUCAAUGGUUGCCGUUGAUUCGCUCCUGCUUCAAUGACAGUGAGGCAAAGGUUCCCGUCGUUUUAGUCGGGAACAAAUUGGAUCUUGUGGAGGAGAGCAAAAUGGAGCAAGUUCUUCCACUGAUGGAACGCUUUCCGGAAAUAGAGACCUGCAUCGAGUGCUCGGCAAAGUCGCUUCGUAAUCUCAGUGAGACAUUUUGGUUCGCGCAAAAAGCUGUUCUCUAUCCUACUGCUCCUCUCUAUCAUGCUGAAACGAAGGAACUAACACCUGAAUGUGUAUGCGCCCUGACUCGGAUAUUUCGUAUCUGUGACGUGGACAACGAUGGCUACCUUUCGGACAAAGAACUAGAAGCUUUUCAGGAGCGCUGUUUUGCCAUCCCGCUCACUGCUCAGUCCCUUCUUGAUGUUAAGCAGCUUAUCCGUAACUCUACUCCCGGUGGUGUCACCGUCAGUGGUGUUACACUUAAGGUGCUGAUUCGACUGUUCGUCAUGCGUUGGCAUGAUAUGCAGUUGCUUAAACUAGGACUGCCCCUCUUGAUAUGA